CCCAGCUAGACCUCCAGAGAGAAAAAGCAGCUGUAACUGAAAUAGGUUUUAGAUUGAACUAAUUAAAUAUUAAUAUAGAUCAUUUUGUGGAACAGAGCGUUAACGCGAACUAAACUGCCUCCAUGUCACUGAAAUGCAACAUAACUUUGAACAACUUUUAUUUAAGAUUAUCAACAUGCUCUUGAUCUGUUAUUAACAAUAGUGUACAAAUUACCAAUGUUUGCAGCAUUUUCAGGAGUCUCUUACUGCCAACAGCUUAACGUCCCUAAUUAACUGGUUAUGUGAAAGAUGAAGACGGUUUCAGGUGGGCAGAACAGUUGCGCUCGACAGCCAAAAGCGAAGCAAUCCUGCACUUUUGCAGCACCUUCGUUUUGCUGUUGUGAUUAAGGGAUGGAGGAUGGCUUCUCACACCUUCAGAUAUGUGUCCUGAGAACCUCUAAAUUGCCAAAGGCUAGAAACUCAUGAUUAUCAAUGUGUGCAAUCAUAAUGUCAUCUAUAAUCAGUAUGGCAGCACUUUAAAACGCCUACCUUUUCAGUGACCAGCAUACAGAACUGUGAGCUAAAGGACAAUAAGCUCACAAAUUGUAGUGCCAAGAACACAUGACGCCCACUCAGAAAACAAACUCUUGCAAAUAUUUUCAAAUGAAUGAACUUGAAAACAUACAAGAAAACUAUGUCUGACCUUAAAAAAAACAGUAAAAAAUUAAUCUACUCUGACAGUGACUUUUAUUUUCACCUUGUCCUCUAAUGAGAGCCAGAUAUCUAUUUGCAUACCGUCACAUGCUGCAAUGACUCAACCCAACAUUACAGUUCUCUCAGCUAAUAUCUCUGGAGGAUUCGAAUCGGGUAAUCUGUACCGUCCAUUUUCUGUGUUCAGUGUUCUCACGCUCACUUUGCUGGCCAUGCUAGUGGUGGCCACCUUUAUAUGGAACCUUCUGGUUUUGGUGACCAUCCUGAGGGUGCGCACCUUCCAUCGUGUUCCCCACAACCUGGUUGCCUCCAUGGCCAUCUCUGAUGUGAUGGUUGCAGGAUUGGUAAUGCCCCUCAGUCUGGUUAGGGAGCUCUACGGUAGGCGUUGGAUUCUGGGUCGGGCCCUGUGUCAGGUGUGGAUCUCCUGCGAUGUGCUCUGCUGCACAGCCAGUAUCUGGAAUGUGACGGCCAUUGCCCUAGAUCGCUACUGGUCCAUCACACGCCACCUGGAGUACACACUGAAGACGCGCAAACGAAUCUCCAAUGUGAUGAUUGGCCUCACGUGGCUGCUCUCUUCUGUUAUCUCGCUUUCGCCACUCUUCGGUUGGGGUGAGACGUACUCGGAAGACAGCCUGGCUUGUCAAGUAAGCCAGGAGCCCUCUUACACAGUCUUCUCCACCUUUGGAGCCUUUUACCUGCCUCUCUGCGUGGUGCUCUUUGUCUACUGGAAGAUUUACAAGGCUGCCAAGUUCCGCAUUGGCUCUCGCAAGACCAACACCAUCACACCCAUGGCUGAGGUCAUAGAGGUUAAGGAGGCUGAACGACAGCCACAGAUGGCCUUCACAGUUCGUCACGCUACUGUGUCUUUCCAGACGGAUGGCGAGACGUGGCGAGAGCAGAAAGAGAGGAGAGCGGCUCUGAUGGUGGGCAUCCUGAUUGGUGUGUUUGUGCUCUGUUGGAUUCCCUUUUUCCUUGCUGAGCUCAUCAUUCCACUCUGUUCAUGCGACAUCCCUCCUGUCUGGAAAAGUGUCUUCCUCUGGCUGGGUUACUCAAACUCCUUCUUUAACCCGCUCAUCUACACAGCAUUUAACAAGAACUACAACAAUGCAUUUAGAAACCUUUUUUCCAGACAACGAUGAGGAACAGAAAGACCAGAUUGAAAACCUUUGGGUUUUAUGAGUAGAAAGUGAGAAGAACGUCAAAAGAAGCUGUCUUCUGUUCAGAUACAGAAGAUACAAAAGCCAUGCACUCGCUCUAACAUUUGUCCCAGGAGGAAAGGGGCUUUCCAACACCCAUCAAAAAUCCUGCAGGCCUGGUGUACAGAUUUUCACCUGCUGGUGAUUUAAUACGUGUCUGUGUAUGGCUGCUGCUGUUGAUGGUUAGACAAGUUGGGCACUAUCUGUUAAGUCAUCAGUGCUGAGAUAAUGCAAGUCUGCUGAACCAUCCAAGUGUCCCCUCUAGCAAAACUGAACCACUCAUUCUGACACUGAGCAAACUGUCUGUAGUCUGUGAACUCUUGAGGGAGAAACCAUGGAUGUUUUCCAUAGUUCUGAAGGAUGUGAAACAUCAAAGCCAUUUUUAUUCUAAUUGUCAAUGAAGACACAAAGUAGGCAUAUGUACACAUUAUGAAAAUCUGGCCUAAUUCAUAUCCUUUCACUCCCUAAAAAUGACUUGGCUAAGGAGCAAUUUGUAUUUCCAUCACAUUUCCUUUCAUUAAAUAAAUUUUUCCUUAAGAAGAAAGUCGAUGUGCAAAAGAUGUACAAAGACGAGACACGAUUUCAAAUAAGACGUGGUGUAAUAAAGUGAAAUGGAAAUUUUGAACAAAAUAGUUGUUAUAAAUGACCUCAUAAAUGUUUCCAGGCAGCACAUCUCAGCAUUUAUGUACAUUACUGUGAAUGGAUUCUGCUUUCCUCUUUGUAAGCUACCAUUGCAGCAGAGUAAACUGGAAUAUGGACAUUACAUGAAAUGAAAUGUAAAUAUGCCUGCAAUUCCUUUGUGAUGGGAGCUGUUAAAUAAAAGAUAUGAAAUGAUCCGGCAUUCAAGGUCGUUGAAGAUACAGAAUAAUUACUCUGUUUAUUGGUUAUCAAUAAUUGGAGGAUCAGUUAAUAAAACAACGUGAAAAGCUCAAGGUCUCUCAA